AAACCCAAGACAGCUGAAAACCAGAAGGCGUCUGAGGAGAAUGAGAUUACUCAGACGGGUGCAUGCAGCGCCAAGCCGGGCCUUCCCUGCCUGAACCUUGAAGCUGUUCUGUCUCUGAACCCGGCCCUCAUCCACUCACCACGUUCACCAACAAACCUGCACGCACACACAGGGUCAUCUGAUUGUAACAUCAGUUGCAAGGGGAUGACAGAGCGCAUUCAUAGCAUCAACCUUCACAACUUCAGCAAUUCUGUGCUCGAGACCCUCAACGAGCAGCGCAACCGUGGCCACUUCUGUGACGUGACGGUCCGCAUCCACGGGAGCAUGCUACGCGCCCACCGCUGCGUGCUGGCGGCUGGCAGCCCCUUCUUCCAGGACAAGCUGCUGCUGGGCUACAGCGACAUCGAGAUCCCCUCAGUGGUAUCAGUCCAGUCUGUACAAAAGCUCAUUGACUUCAUGUACAGCGGUGUGCUGCGGGUCUCGCAGUCAGAGGCCCUCCAAAUCCUCACAGCUGCCAGCAUCCUGCAGAUCAAGACUGUGAUUGAUGAGUGCACAAGGAUUGUCUCGCAAAAUGUGGGAGAGGUCUACCCGGUGAUUCAGGAUUCUGGCCAGGAGACACCCAGGGGAACACCCGAAUCAGGCACCUCGGGGCAGAGCACCGACACAGAGUCUGGCUACCUGCAGAGCCAUUCUCAGCACAGUGUGGACAGGAUCUAUUCGGCUCUCUAUGCCUGUUCCAUGCAAAAUGGCAGUGGGGAGCGCUCCUUUUACAGUGGAGCCGUGGUCAGCCACCAUGAAACGGCCCUGGGACUCCCCAGGGACCAUCACAUGGAAGACCCCAGCUGGAUUACCCGGAUCCACGAACGGUCGCAGCAGAUGGAGCGGUACCUCUCCACCACUCCAGAGACCACACACUGCCGCAAGCAACCGCGCCCUGUCAGAAUUCAAACCCUGAUGGGCAACAUCCACAUAAAACAGGAGAUGGAGGAUGACUAUGACUACUAUGGCCAACAGAGGGUGCAGAUCCUUGAGCGCAAUGAGUCUGAGGAAUGCACUGAGGACACUGACCAAGCAGAAGGCACUGAGAGUGAGCCCAAAGGGGAGAGUUUUGACUCGGGAGUCAGUUCCUCCAUUGGCACUGAGCCCGAUUCCAUGGAGCAGCAGUAUAUGGCUGGUCUGGGCCGGGAUGGGCAGCAAGAACCUUCUCAAGCAGAUCAAAGUGACGUCCCUGCUGAUGGCACUCAGCCGCAGCAGCAACAGCAGCAGCAACAGCAGCAUGUAGAUGCCAACUCUUCCUCACCAGAGAGAAGCAAUGACGUUGAAAUGGACAGCAAAGUGCUCACAGUCAAUAACAGCACCGAGAAGGGGGCUUUGCAGCCUUCUGUCAACACAACUGUUGCCCAGCCAUUGCCAACCACGCAGAUCUACUUACGCCAGACAGAAACCCUCACCAGCAAUCUGAGGAUGCCACUGACUCUGACCAGCAAUACUCAGGUCAUUGGCACAGCUGGCAACACCUACCUGCCUGCUCUUUUCACCACACAGUCUGCUGGCAGUGGCCCUAAGCCUUUUCUCUUCAGCCUGCCCCAGCCUUUACCUGGCCAACAGACACAGUUUGUGACAGUGUCCCAGCCUGGCCUGUCAACCUUUACUGCCCAGCUGCCAGCCCCACAGCCCUUGGCCCCAUCUGCGGGCCACAGCACAGCAGGUGGGCAAGGCGAAAAAAAGCCUUACGAGUGCACUCUCUGUAACAAGACUUUCACCGCCAAACAGAACUACGUCAAGCACAUGUUUGUACACACAGGUGAGAAACCCCACCAAUGCAGCAUCUGUUGGCGCUCCUUCUCUUUAAAGGAUUAUCUAAUCAAACACAUGGUGACGCACACUGGCGUGAGGGCGUACCAGUGCAGCAUCUGCAACAAGCGCUUCACCCAGAAGAGCUCCCUCAACGUGCACAUGCGCCUCCACCGUGGGGAGAAGUCCUAUGAGUGCUACAUCUGCAAGAAGAAGUUCUCCCACAAGACCCUGCUGGAGAGGCAUGUGGCUCUCCACAGUGCCACCAACGGCACGCCCGGAGCUACCGGCACCGGCACGAGGGCUGUCCCUGCAGGGGUGGUGGCCUGCACAGAGGGGACCACAUACGUCUGCUCUGUCUGUCCAGCUAAGUUUGACCAAAUCGAGCAUUUCAACGACCACAUGAGGAUGCAUGUGUCAGACGGAUAAGUAGAAUCUCUCUCUCUCUCUUUGUUAUGAACAAACAAAAAAAAAUAGAAACAACAACAAAAAAAGCUAUGGCACUAGAAUUUAAGAAAUGAUUUUUGUUUCAUUUUUACCUUUAUUUUUCUCCUUUUUUUGUUUUUUUGGUUCGUUUCGUUUUGUUGUUUUUGUACUACAUGAAGAACUGUUUUUUGCCUGCUGGUACAUUACAUUUCUGGAGGCUGGGUGAAUAAUAAUUUUCCCAACCUCCCUUGGAUGGUGGCCUUAAGGCCAGGUAGUGCUUCAUGAGCUCCACUGGUUGGAUCUCUAGCUACUGGCCUCUAAAUACAACCUUUCUUUACUACAAAAAACAAACAACGAAAAAAAAAAUCACAAAAAAAAUCAAAAAAACAGACAGAAAAAAAUAAAAAAACAAAAAAAUUUCUUUUUUCUCACUUGUGAAGAG